GUCGUCCGCGCGCGCCUCAUCGUGGCGUCGUCGGAUGACUACUAUAAACUGCUCGGCGUCGAUCGCAACGCGGACGAACGCACGCUGAAGAAGAACUAUCGCAUUCAGGCGCUGAAGCAUCACCCCGAUAAGGGCGGAUCGCCCGAACACUUCGCGAAGAUCUCCGAAGCGUACGAGGCGCUGACGGAUCCGGAGAAGCGACGCGUGUACGACCAGUACGGCGCGGAGGGACUGCGGAACCAGCAAGCCGGCGGGCAUCCGGGCGGCGGAGGCGGAUUCGGUGGAGGUGGGUUCGGACAUCCGGGAAUGCGGUUCGACUUGAGGCAAGGACGGUUUCCGGGGACGGAUGCGAAGAAUAUUUGGUUCAUUUCGUUUUACGCCCCGUGGUGCGGGCACUGUCAGCAGAUGAAAUCGCAGUUUGAGGAACUCGCGAAGGCGCUCAAUGGGUUCGUUCGCGUCGGGGCGGUGAAUUGCGAGAAGCAAAAAGGUCUCUGCGCGAUGGAGGGCGUUGAUUCGUACCCGACGCUUAAGCUGAAGAAAGCCGGCGUGAGC